AUGAUGCCGUUCAUAUUGUUGUGGAGCAAUUCACACAAUCCACGAAUGAUUUUUACGCAUUCAAAAUGGCAGGUUGUUUUUUUCAUCCUCUGCUUGUACGGAAUGGACGUCGUUUAUUGCAAUGUGAGAUAUUCCAUCCCGGAGGAAAUGCCGGAGGGAUCAUUCGUUGGAAACAUCGCCAAGGAUCUUGGAAUAGAGAUAAGUAGACUGAUAUCUGGAAAAGCUCGUGUUGUAACAAAGAGUGGACGACAGUAUGUCGACCUGAGCAGAGACAAAGGGACUCUAGUAGUUAAAGAAAGGAUAGAUCGCGAGGAGCUCUGUAAGCAAACGACGCCGUGUAGCUUCAGUUUUGAUCUCAUCGUUGAAAACCCAAUCCAGCUGCAUCGAGUUACGGUUGAGGUACAAGACAUCAACGAUAAUGCUCCCUUAUUUCCGAAAGAAAGUGUUAAUUUAGAAAUAAGCGAAAACGCAGUUUUAGGUGCUCGCUUUCCUUUGGAUCGCGCCAUGGAUACAGAUGUAGGUCUAAAUGGAAUACAGAGCUAUAAACUACACCCAACUGACAAUUUUAAACUGGAGGUGCACAGUCUGACUGAUGGAAAUAAAUACAUUGAGAUGAUUUUACAACGAGAACUAGAUCGAGAGGAGCGUGAUGAGAUUAAAUUGGUUCUUCUGGCAACUGAUGGUGGAUCACCUCAGAAAUCAGGCACUGUAAAAAUACACGUUACUAUUCUUGACGCUAAUGACAAUGCCCCGGUGUGUAAACAGUCAGUAUUUAAAACUGAGGUGAGAGAAAAUUCACCUGCUGGUACUGUCAUGGGUACUGUUAGCGCUGCAGAUGCCGAUGAAGGUGUUAAUGGCCAUGUUUCCUAUUACUUUGCUCUUGCUAACAAAGAAGAAAGAGAACUAUUUAAUAUAAACUCAGAAACAGGCGAGGUUACACUUCUUGCUCAUUUGGAUUACGAAUCUCAAAAUAGUUACCAAUUAAACAUUAAUGCAAGAGAUAAAGGAGGGUUGUCAGACACUUGUAAAAUUGUUAUAGAUGUAACUGAUGAAAAUGAUAACCCUCCAACUAUACAGCUGAUGUCCUUCUCAAACACUAUUGCUGAAAAUUCUCCAGUGGGAACAACAGUAGCUGUUAUUAAUGUAGAAGAUGCGGAUUCGGGCAAAAAUGGCCUUGUUCAUUUCUCAAUAAAUCAAAAUAUUCCUUUUAAAAUAGAGUCAACAUUCUCAGAAUAUUACAGUUUGAUAACUGAUGAUAUGCUUGAUCGAGAAACUGUUACUGAAUAUAACAUAACGAUCUUGGUAUCGGACCAAGGAAGUCCAGCGCGACACUCUAACAAAACACUUAAUGUUAAAAUAUCAGAUGUCAAUGAUAACCCGCCCAAAUUCGGCUCAGAUGAAUAUAAAACAUUUGUUAAUGAAAAUAAUUCCCCUGGCGUGACUAUACUGACUGUUAAAGCAAAUGAUGCUGACUGGGGUCCCAACGCGCAGUUAUCUUACUUCCUGAAGGAUGAAGAUAUACGCGGUGCACCGCUAAGUUCACUCGUGUCUGUAGAUGCUCUUACUGGAACGGUUCAUGCUGUAAAAUCUUUUGAUUUUGAACAGUUAAAAUCGUUUUCUUUUAACGUGACAGCUCGAGAUGGAGGAUCCCCGCCACUGAGCUCUGAAGUAACAAUAACCAUCAAUAUUCAAGACCAGAAUGACAACGCUCCUCAGGUUCUGUAUCCAGUACAGACUGGCGCUUCAGUGGUGGCUGAGAUUGUGCCUCGUGCUGUAGAUGUUGGAUACCUGGUCACUAAAGUGGUGGCUGUGGAUGUGGACUCUGGUCAGAAUGCCUGGCUCUCCUAUAAACUCCAGAAAGCUCCAGACAGAGCGCUGUUUGAAGUGGGUUUACAGAAUGGAGAAAUAAGAACUGUGCGACAAGUCACUGAUAAAGAUGCUGUCAAACAAAAACUCACUGUUGUUGUGGAGGAUAACGGACAGCCCUCUCGCUCAGCUGUGGUCUCCAUUAACGUGGCUGUGGCUGACAGCUUUCCCGAAGUGCUGUCAGAGUUCACAGACAUUACGCAUGAGAAACAAUAUAACGACAGCUUAACUUUUUAUUUAGUUCUGGCUCUGGCCGCUGUUUCUUUCCUAUUCAUCACUUGUGUGGUUGUGAUAAUAUCAGUUAAAAUCUACAGAUGGAGACAAUCUCGCUUCCUCUAUCAGUCCAAUCUGCCUGUUAUUCCGUAUUAUCCACCGCAUUACGCAGACACAGGAGUCACUGGAACUCUGCCGCACGGCUAUAAUUAUGAAGUGUGCAUGACGACUGACUCGAGGAAGAGUGACUGUAAGUUUUCUACACUCGGGGGUCAGAGUGUUUUAGUGGUGGACCCCAGUUUCACUGAGACGAUGCAGCGCGCAAUGAAGGAAAAGAACAUUCUUGAAAACUCUGAACUGCACGAAAUGCAAAAGCCACCUAAUACUGACUGGCGAUUUCCCCCAAACCAGAGGCCUGGACCCAGCGGGGCUGGAGCACGUCCUGAAGAGGCAGGUGCCGGUGCUGGUGUGAUAGCAGGAACAGGACCAUGGCCCAACCCCCCUACUGAGGCUGAACAGCUCCAGGCUAUGAUGGCAGCAGCAAACGCAAGUGAAGCCACUGCGACUCUUGGCCCUCGCUACAAUCUACAGUAUGGCCCGGAUUACCGUCAGAACGUCUACAUCCCAGGCAGCACUGCCACCCUUACAGCCAACCCUCAGCAACAGGUUCUCCAGCAGGCCCUUCCUCCACCACAGGCCCUUCCACCUACCGAAGCCCCCAAAGCGGCUCAAACACCAGCCAGUAAGAAGAAACCCACAAAGAAAGACAAGAAGUAAGACCUGUGGAAUAGCUGAAGAAACAUGUUGCCGGGAAUCUAAACAUCUAUCCUCUCAAACCAUGUUGGGUUUGGAUGAAGAUUUAAAAAGAAAAAAGUGAAUAGUAUUACUUGUUUUAGCGUUAACAUGAGACAAUAAGCAACCAAACAAGAGGAAAUGUGUUCAGAUUCCCGAAGCCAUUUCUCUGACAGAUAUCUCUGUCUUGUAAAUAGCAUACUAAAACAAGAAGAAACACAUUUCUUCUUUUUAUUUUUUCCCUCAAAUGUCACGUUUUAGGCUUUUUGUGUUCUUUUCAAAGCAAAGUAGAUGCUUAUUGUGGAUACAAAAUGAAACGCUGUUAGGCUUUUUAACAUGAUGUGCCACAACUCUCACCUUAACUGAAGAAAGGAGUAUUGAGCUGAACUAUGCAUUGCAAAGGAGAUACAAAAGGUGAACGUAUAUAUAAAGUGUUUUCCAGGUGAGAUAAUACAUGUAUAUUUGCGUAAAAAAAUCUGACGGUGAGACACUGGAUUGUCGGCAUGGUGUUUAAAAAUAGAUUCAGUCUUCUCAUUAACUUCUUAAUAGCCAGUUAAGCAGAGCUGAAUGUUAGGUUAAUGACGUUUGACUAUUCUUUGUUAUUAUUUCCUGUUGGCGUGCUAAAGAAUCCUCUGGAAAUGAAGUAAUGUAAACAGUGUUUUUUUGAUGCUGAGAAAAGAUAAUCACAGCCUUUGUAAGGUCAAUGAUUUGGGUCAAAGGAAGAAGAUCUAAAGAAGGAAACAGCAGAAAUGUGCUUGAAUGGAUCUUAGAUGGAAGGAUUUCAUGUCUGUUCAUCUGCACCUACCACCACUAUCGUGUAUAUAAAAUGUGUAACCUGUCUGUACAAACAUUAGAGCCACAAGGGCUGGCUGUUACAGGAAUGUUUCAGUAUUUUUUACAAAAAAAAGCAACAAAAAAAGACACUAGAAAAAAAAAAGAUCCAGUGUAGUGUUUUAGGAAUAAAAGCUUCAAGUCCAUCGACUAACCAAACUGUACAUACUACGAAACUUCUGAUGACACGCAAUCGUAGCUUAAGGCUUGUGGAGUAUGUGCAUAUUUUUGUGUUUUCCCCCUCUUGAUUACACUUUACUUUCCUCUUCUCCAAUCACCUAAACCUUUGAAAGAUAACAGACAAUACUUAUACUGUCUUUGCUAUAGAGUAACACCCUUUCCUAUCUUACUGUACUUUUCUGUGCUUGUAAUUCCAAUCAGUCCUUAAUGAUACUGGAAUGCCACUCCUGUCUGUUUGACUUUGAAUAUCUAUCUAUCUAUAUAUAUAUAAAUGUCUGUCUGCUGCUUGGCUACUUUUUCUGUAUUUGACUGUGAUUCCUUUAAAGAAACGCUUAGCACCUCAUGUUACUCUUUUUAUUUUAUAAUCUACUAUUUAUAUCGCUGUUUGAUUUAUGUUUUACUUUAUUAUUGGAACACUUACAUUUGAAAUAAAAUUUUGUCAGAACUC